AGUGCAGAGACAAGUAAGAAACAAUAAAUUUCUGUGCAAUUUGACUAUAUUGAUGAUUAUAAUUUUCAAGGUUUUCCAAAAUCAUAUGCAUUAAUAAAAUCUUUGAAGGAAGAUGAUAAUAAUUUAUAUUAAAAUGGUUGAAAGGUUAUUAAUAAUAGAAAAUAGAAAAAAUUUCUAUCUACGUUAAUACCUAGAAUCUCUAAUAGUGAUAAUGCUACUGAAAGUAUUAGCGAGUCAGAGUAAUGUAAUAUAUUGUAUGAAUGAUUGAACAAAAAAAACAAAGAUUAUAUAUCGAAAAGAUAUGAAUGUAAAUGUAAAAGGGUAUUAUGGGAUAACUUUAUUGAGAGGUUGUGGCAUGAAUUAAAUGAGGAAGCGGUUGAAGAAUUUUUAUGUAAUAGAAGUACUAGUACCUAUAACUGUACUGCUUUACCUCAAAUUAAGAUUGCCUUAACUUUGGGUUUUACACUUCUGGGAACUUUUCUUAUUACUUUUUUUCUUUUGUAUAACUUUAGUCCCGUUAGACUGAGGAUUAAGUAAUGUCUUUGUAAAAAAUAGAGAAAAAUACUCAAAAUAAUUCCAGAAGAAUCACGUGAAUCAUUGGAAAGAACUUCUUAAAAUUGGACUUCACAUUCCGAAAGCGGAAGAAUUAGGAUUCAUUACCAUUAUGUAUGA